AUGGGGCCCGUGUGCCCAGGCCCGUGUGCCCAAGCCCGUGUGCCCAGAGCCUGUGUGCCCGAGCCCGUGUGCCCAGGGCCCAUGUGCCAGGUCCCGUGUGCCCGAGCCCGUGUGCCCAGAGCCUGUGUGCCCGAGCCCGUGUGCCCAGGGCCUGUGUGCCCAGAGCCCGUGUGCCAGGGCCCGUGUGCCCAGAGCCCGUGGCCCGUGUGCCUGAGCACGUGUACCCAGGGCCCAUGUGCCCAGAGCCCAUGUUCCCGAGCCCGUGUGCCUGAGCCCGUGUGCCAGGGCCUGUGUGCCAGAGCCCAUGUGCCCGAGCCCGUGUACCCAGGGCCCGUGUGCCCAGAGUCCACGGGCCACAAUGAGAGAAGCUACUGCCGUGAGAAGCCGGUGUCCACAAAUGAAUAG